AUGGCCGACCGAUUCCCCUCCCUGGAGGACUUCUCUGAGGGCCAGACCGAAGUCGCCGAGAACAAUGCCGGUGGCGACGAUGACUUCCUCGCCCGUGAGCGCGCCGCUCUCGGCGAAGAUGCAGACCAAUUCGCAACCCCUCAAGACAAUGUGGCUGAGGGCCUAGAGGGGGGCGACGACCUAUUGGGCGGCGACGAGGUUCCCGCGGAGGAGCUCGGUCAAUUCGAGUCUUCUUUCCCAUCAGUUGAGACACACACACAAAACGAGCGUGUUGCCCCCGGCGGUACAAUCACCGGCUCUGGCUCUCCCUUCCCAUCUUCCGGAUACGUGAACCCCCUGGAAACCGAGGCAGAGUCAGAGGCUGUUCGGGAAUGGCGCGAGAAGCGAGACGCCGAGAUUGCGCGCCGCGCAGAGGUUUCCAACGAGAAGAAGGAGGCAACCGUUAAGAAGGCCCGCGAGGACAUUGACGACUUCUACGUGUCCUACAACAACAAGUCAGACAAGCACCGUGCCCAGACCAAGACCGAGGCCGAACAAUUCCUGGCCAGCCGCGAGGACACCUCUGCCGGUGGCACCAGCUGGGAGCGCAUUGCGAAGCUGGUUGAUGUCUCGGGCAAGGGCGCUAUCGGUGGUGGCAGCGGCUCGGGCAAGGAGCGCUUCCGCGAGAUGUUGAUCGACUUGCGGAAGGACCAGGAAGCUCCGGGUGCUAGCGGGAUCUAG